UUAACCACUUCCCAUCCAGCCCAUGUAUAUAAAUGGCAGGACAGGAGCAGUGCAGGGGCGGGUUGCAGUUCAUAAAACGGCGCCCGCCAUUGUAGCCUGUGCGCACUCCCUGGGAGCACACGGCACCGCGAUCCGGGGACCUCUGUGCGAGGUCCCGAUCAUGUGAUCACUGAUUGGCCAAUCAGUGCUCAUAUGAAUAGUAAUAAGCAAGAUGUCACUUCUGACAUCAUUGCUUACUACGUGUGAAAUUUGUGAAUGAUCACAGAGAUCACAUGGUACAAGGC